GCCAAUUAAGCAAUCACAGACAGCCCUGUCAGAAAUCCAAACUUGUGACUAACAUGGGACUCGAGAUCAAGGAAAAAAAUGAGAGGAUUAAGAGCCAGAGAAGCAAUGUUCACACACAGGACCAGCCAGCAGACGGAGGACGUUCCAUCCAGUAAGGUGUCCUGUGGCCUGACCCCACAAGAUGCCAAGAGAAGAUGCUCACUUCAUCUAUGGUUACUCCAGGAAGGGGCAUGGCCACUCCUACAUCACAGCUGAAGGGGCUGCAGGGAUUGGCAUCCUGACAGUGGUCCUGGGAAUUUUAUUGCUCAUCGGCUGCUGGUAUUGUAGAAGACGAAGCGGAUACAGAAGCUUAAAGGAUAAAAAUAUUCACACUGGUACUCAAAGUCCCUUAACGGGAAGAUGUUCACAUGAGGCGCUUGGUCACCAGGACAGCAAACUGCCUUUUCAAGAAAACAAUUGUGAACCUGUGGUUCCUAAUGCUCCACCUGCCUAUGAGAAAGUCUAUGCUGAACAGUCACCUCCAGCGUACUCACCAUGAGAGCCAGCAAGCCCGCCGAGAGGCUGAAAUGACUUCCUGCACACUCUUACAUUUAGCAUGGGCAUCGAAUAUGCUGCUUCGGAAUGCUGUGGAAACAGUACAUCAGCUCUAAUAAUAAGCUUAGUGCUAAAUUCUUAGUAGAGCAACUAGCAAUACUAAUUGAGGAAACGAAAAGUAUUAAAAUGGGAAAACUUUGUCAAUAAAUGUAAUAUAUGAUACUGUUUCAGGGUAAUGCUAAUAAAUCUAUAGUAUUAUUUUCUGAGGGAUAGAAUUUCCUGUGUGUUCUGGGACCAUCCAGUUUCAUUUUAGCUGAAAUUUGGCUAAUUACUAUCAAACCACUACUCUUAUUUUUGAAGAAGCUCUCAAUCAACAGGAGUCCAACAGGUUUGUUGCAGAUGAGUAUAAGCUACGGAGUGCUCACAAAGAGCCAGAUUCAUCUGAUCAGG